AUGUCUGAGUAUAAAAUUAGAAGUGCUUAUUUUUCUAAUAAAAAUAAAGUUAUUUUGUUAAUAUGUGUAAUUUUUUUCUCUUUUUCUACUCACGUAUUUAAGAAUUUGCUUCCGUUUUUAUUUAUGCUAACAGAUACACAAAAUGAAAGUAAAAUAAUUAAUUCAGUUGUUAAAACAAACAAUUUGUAUAGUGGUGAUAGCCUUGAUGAUUAUAAAGAAAAAUAUCCUAAUGAAUUAAAAAAAAAUGGAAAAUUAUCUUACAAAAACUUUUUUUUAAAAAAUAAAAUGGAAUUAUUACAUAGUAAUUAUAUUGAUAAAAUUGAAAAUAAUAAUUUUAGUGAAGAACAAAGUGAUAUCAAUAGUAAAUCCAUAUACUUAUAUAGUAAUAUUUUAUCUUUAAUAUAUUUUAGUUCACUAAUGACAUAUUUCCUUAUUUUAUUUUUUGAUUUAAGUAAAAAAAAUUAUAUAUUAAACAUUUUUUAUAUUGUCAAUUUGAUUUCUCACUGUUUUAUUUUUAUAAUUUUAAGCAACAUACAAACAUAUAAUUCACAUUUAAAUAGUAAAUUAUAUAUAGAUAAAAAUGGAGUUAAUCUUUUUAAUUCACAAAAGUCUACGAUGCAGAAAAUUCACCCCAAUAUAAAAAAAGACAUUAAUCUCAUUUUUAAAAAUAAUUUAAAAAAUAAACUAAAUUUCAAAAAUUUAUACAUCACAAAUAACUUUGAAAAUCUUUUCUUUCCAGAUAAAUAUUUUUUAUUUAUAAUGCAGCUUGACGAUAUUUUAUUUCAUCAAAAUAAAUCAAAACAUUUAAGGGAAUUUAAUAAAGAGAGUAGUGAAAAUAAAAAUAAAUCUAUAGAAAAUACUUAUAAAAAAAAUUAUGAAUUUGUAAAUCAAAAGUAUAACAUAAAUGGAUAUUCAUUUUUUGAAAGUGAUAAAAUAUAUUACAAAAAAUAUUUGAAAUUUUUAUAUUUUUUUAUAAUAGUAAGUUCUAUAUGUAGUGGAUAUUUAAAUAUUUACCAAAAAAAAAUUUUAUAUUGUGUGUUCUAUAUAAACAUUGGUGUAAUAACAUCAUUUUUGAUUUUAAUGAAUAGCAUUUUUAAAUUGUUAGCUCAUUCCUUAAAUUAUCUUUUAUCAAAUACGACAAAUGGAAAGAUUAGUGAUUACAUAAUUUUAUUUUUGUUUAUAGAUAUAUUUGGUUUAAUAAUUGUUUUAAUUUUCACAUAUAAAUGGUCUAAUCAAAAAAUUUUAUGGAUUAAUUUGCAUAAAAUAUUUUAUAAUUAUCAAUACAUUUGCUUUUAUUGUAAUAAUACAUAUUAUAUAUAUACAGUAGAUAAAAACAUAGACAAUAUUUUAGUGAAUAUAGAUUUAUGUGCAGAUAAAAAUAUUGAUAUAAGUUUUUGUGCUUACACAAACUUAGAAAAAUCAGUUUUUUAUGAAUACUUUAUUUUAAAUAAAUUCAGAAAUAACAAAUUGAGAAUUAUUGAAAUAAAAGAUAAAAAUUUAAAAAUAAAUACUACUUAUAAAAGUAAAAACAAUAUGAAUGAAAACAAAAUGGAAAAAGAAAAUAAAGGAAUACAAAAAGGUAAAAUUGAUUCCUAUAAAAGAAAACAAAAUCAUAGCCUUACUAUGAAGCCAUAUAUUAUUUGCAUAGAUGCAGUAACCAAUUUAAUUACUCAAAAUCAGAAUCUUUAUAAUAAAUUAGAUAAAGAUGAUAAUAACAACAAUAUAACAGAAUUAAAUAUUAAUAAUAAUAUAAAUAGUGAAAUAUUAGAUAAUUAUAAAAUAAGUAACGAAGACAUGUGUUAUGAUAAUAAUUAUGUAAACGAUCAAAUUAGAAUACAGGAUAGUUUAAAUAAGCAUUCAUUAAAUGGACAAAAUGAUCUAUCUUCUUUUCCUGAAAAUGAAGCUAUUAAUUCAAAAUGUAUAAAUUAUGGUAAAAGAAGUUUAUUAAGUGAUUCGGUAAAUUUUUUAAGUAUAAGUGAUAUAAAGAAGAAAGAUGAUAAUAAUAAUUUUUACAAUACAGGAGAUUAUUUUAAUGAGAUGGAAAAUAAGUCUGUACUAAAUAAUAUUGCGGAAAUGAAAGAAGAGAAAAACAUUAAAGAAAAAGAAGAAAAGGUUGUAAAAAGCGAAGAAAUUUUAAAGGAACCUAAAAACAAUAUAGAAACAAAAAAUCCAAAUUUUAACACUAACUCAAAAUUCAUCGUUAAAAAUGAUUCAGAUUAUUCCAAUAAAAGUGAGGAUUAUAGUUCAAAAAUAAUUAAUACAAAUGAAAAUAUAAACUAUAAAAAUGAAGAUAAAAAAAAAAAAAAAAAUAUUUUUUUAAUUCCCAAUUAUGAAGAGACAGAUAAAUAUUUAGAUUAUGACGAAGUGGAUUCCCCUUCUGAUAAUAAUGGAUUUUCAUUAUUUUAUAAUAAAGACAAAGAAAAAAACAAUAUUAAGAAUGGCUUUAACAUCUUUCAAAAAAUUAAAACAUUCUUGUCAUCAUUUACUUUUUUUUUCUUUUUUUUUAUAUUUAUUUAUGCCUUUUUAUUAUCAAUAAUUCAUAUAUUUAUCAACUAUUUUUUUUAUAUAUAUUUGUUUGUAUAUAAUAUAAAUAUUUAUAUAUCAAAUGUUUACACAAUUAUUAUGGCUUGUGUAUCAUUGAUUGCUAUACCUUUUUCUGGAUACAUUAUAGAUAACAUAGGAUCCUUUCUAUCUCUUCUUUUAUGUUCAUCUUUUUUUAUUUUAAUAGCUAUAUCAGGAUCUAUAUAUUGCUAUAAAUUUAAUUUAAAUUCCGAAGUAUUAGCUUUCUUGUUCUUUAAUUUAAUAGGUAUAAGUCAAUCUAUUAUUCCCACAGUUAUUAUUUCCCAAAUACCUACUCAUUUAUGCGUAAAAAAUAAUGAAAGUAUUACUUCUGCUUUCGCUAUAUUUGAAUUGGUGUCAAUGAUUAUUAUAAGCCUCAAUAAUUAUAUAUUUGGUUCUUUUUUGAUUAAAAAAGAGUACUUAAAAGGCCUAUAUAUACUAUUUGUUUUUAUUAUUCUUGUGAUUAUCCUCAUUUUAUUGUUAAUAGUUACAUUUUAUAUUAAAAAAAAAAAACGAAAAUUUUGUAUACAAAAGCAUACAAAUAUUUUUGACUUGACGCAGCCAUUAAUUUAA